AUGGCUUCCAGGACGAUAUCGUCGGAUUCGACGGACAGUGUCUUCGACGAAGAUCGUUCUAGCGCAGACACAGGUACUCCGCCAAGCUCGGAACUUUCACCACCAGACAGCCCAACUAGCAAGAGUCUGACUCUGACUCAAACGGACGAUAAGAGAGCAGAUGCCAGGGAAUUGGCUGCGUCACUGUCGUUGGAGGAACAGGUCUCUCUAUUAACGGCAGCCGAUUUUUGGAGGUCGAAGUCGAUUCCAGAGAAAGGAAUACCGGCUUUCAAGACCAGCGAUGGCCCGAACGGCGCUCGUGGGGCAAUAUUCAAGGCGGGGACAAAGGCCGCCCUGUUUCCUUGCGGGGUCUCCUUAGCCGCAACUUGGAACAAGAACAUCCUCUUUAGUGUCGGUCAGCAUCUCGCAGAUGAAGCAAAAGCAAGGUCAGCUCAAGUACUAUUGGCACCAACCGUUUGCUUGCACCGUGGACCCCUUGGUGGACGAAACUUCGAAUCAUUCUCAGAGGAUCCAUAUUUGACUGGAAAGCUUGCUGCGUCAUAUAUCAAUGGCCUACAAGGAAAAGGUGUUGCUGCAACGAUCAAACACUUUGUCGGGAAUGAACAAGAAACGGAAAGAUUCCAUAUCGACUCGAUAAUUCAAGAGCGUCCCCUUCGUGAACUGUAUCUCCGACCGUUUGAGAUCGCAAUUCGGGAAGCAAAUCCAUGGGCUGUGAUGUCGUCUUACAAUUUGGUUAAUGGCGUCCAUGCAGAUAUGAACGAGCAUACAUUGAAAGACAUAUUACGAAAAGAAUGGCAAUACGAUGGAAUGGUAAUGUCUGAUUGGGGCGGAGUCAAUUCAUCCGUGGAAGCUAUAGAGGCAGGGUGUGAUAUUGAGAUGCCAGUAGGAACAAAAUGGCGUGGAGCCGAAACUUUGAAAGCUGUUACAAAAGGCGAGAUAAGCAGGCAGGCUAUCGAGAAAGCUGCUGCGAAUAUACUAUACUUUGUCGAGCGGACGAAAGGGAAUAAUUUGUCGCCUGAGCCAGCGGAGCGAGAAGAUGAUCGAGAAGAGACCCGUCAAUUGAUUCGAAAGGCAGGAGUUGAAGGUUUGGCUCUACUGAAGAACGCUGGAAACCUUCUGCCAAUCAAGCCGUCUCAGAAAAAGAUUGCUGUUAUCGGGCCCAAUGCCAAUCGAGCAAUAGCUGGUGGUGGGGGAAGCGCCAGUCUCAACCCCUAUUACAGCACCCUUCCCUUGGAAAGUAUCAAGGCAGUCCCUGGAACGCAGGUACAAUAUGCUCCCGGGUGCCAUACAUAUAAAUGGCUGCCACUAGCCGCCGAUUAUUGCACGACUUGCACAGGGGGGAAAGGCGUCGCUUUGGAAUUCUGGAUUGGAGACAAAUUCGAGGGGGAACCAACGGUACGCCAGAUAAGGACAAAUACUGAUCUCUUCAUGUGGGAUUCCGUGCCGCUUGAAGUGGGCAAAGUAUGGUCUUGUCGUGCAAAGACAUUCUUGACACCAAGAGCCACCGGCCUACAUACAAUAAGUUUCUCGAGUGUUGGGGCUGGCAGACUUUUCGUCAACGGCAAGUUGAAGGUUGACGUUUGGAAUUGGACAGAAAAGGGCGAGGCCAUGUUUGGAGACUCUCAACAAAUUCUUUUUGACGUUCAACUAGAGGCCGGAAAGCCCAUUGAAUUGCUCGCCGAGAUGACUAACGAGGUGCGACCAAUGCGAAGGCAAAAAUUGGAAGGUAAAACACACGAGUAUGGCGGAGUACGGAUAGGCUACAAGGAGGAGGAUAAGAAGGACUACCUGAAGGAAGCCGUGGACGCCGCAAAAGCUUCAGAUGUUGCGAUCGUGAUCGUGGGAUUGGAUGGAGAAUGGGAGUCAGAAGGUUACGAUCGAAAGACGAUGGAUCUGCCAAAAGAUGGUAGUCAAGAUCGUCUCAUCGAUGCGGUCCUGGAAGCAAACCCAAGAACGAUCGUAGUCAAUCAAUCUGGAUCGCCAGUAACGAUGCCUUGGGCAGAUCGCGUUCCUGCAAUUAUCCAAGGAUGGUACCAAGGGCAAGAAGCUGGAAAUGCCUUGGCUGACGUUCUCUUUGGGUUCAAGAACCCGAGCGGAAAGCUUCCAACCACAUUUCCAAGGAGGCUCGAAGAUAACCCAACAUUCCGCAACUGGCCUGGUGAGAACAUGAAAGUGGUCUAUGGCGAAGGAAUCUACAUUGGAUACCGCCACUAUGAGAGCAUGAAGAUUGCACCUCUCUUCCCCUUUGGCCAUGGCCUUUCUUACACAACCUUCACAUACGGCAAACCGACAAUUAGCAGCAACAUUCUCUUCGAGCCCGACAGGAUCACCGUCACAAUUCCAAUCACAAACAGUGGAUCCAUGGAAGGUGCUGAAAUCGUCCAAGGAUACAUCCACGACGAGAAGUCUCGAUUGCCACGACCGGAGAAGGAGCUGCAAGCUUUCGACAAGGUGUUCUUGAAGCCAGGAGAGACCAAGAAUGCCACCUUGACUUUGGACAAGUAUUCUGUUGGAUACUAUGAUACAGAGAUACCAGCAUGGAUCGCCGAAGAGGGUGUUUUCAUUGUACUCGUUGGGGCUUCCUCUGCAGAUAUCAGAGCAGAAACCUCAUUCGAAGUUAAGAAGUCGUUUACUUGGGUUGUUUAA